UACCUCGGACUGCAGUCUGCGGUGCCACUGCCAAGUAGAGUAGUUGGCCAUGGUAACCAAAUUCAUGCUCCGACCUCACUCUCUCUCCUUCACCUUCGUCUCUCCAACACGUUUGUUCCCCAAGCCUUCACUCACCACUCCCGUAACUCUCUCUCUCCUCUCUUCUGCCACUAACAACGCCAUGACCACCACUGCAACCCUAACCACAACAACAUUCGAAGAAGAAUUCCCAUAUGGACCCUCCCUCCGAAAAGGUCACAUACCCUCGCACCAAUCUCAACCACGCAUUGAACCCAAGUACCAAGAGCAAGUAGAAGACGAUUUAAUCGAUGAAAAUAGCUUCAGUCGUGUUUUCGACAUCUCAGCCCUUCGAGUCCCCUCCGAACAAUGCUUCGACCUCGAAAGCCGCCUCCGAGGCCACCUCCUGAACUGGCCGCGCAUUCGCAACAUCGCUAGGGUUCCGGGUGACGACAUGGAGGAUGAUUUUAAGAAGCUUCUUAGUGAUCAUAGCAAUUCUAGCAAUUAUAAUUCUAAUUCUGAUGAUGACAGUUCUGAGAGGUUAAUCGCUUUGAAUCGUCGAAUUCAUGGAAAAGCUGACGGAGACGGCGACCCACUGAGUCCAGUGCUGUAUAGAGAUCUGCUUGCGAAGAAGUUCAAUUCCCGGGGGUUCGUCAAGUUCAGGAAUUUGGCGAAGCUGUCAAGGCCGAAGAAGACGAGGAAGAAGAGAGAGGAUGAGAGAGAGAAGAAAGGGAUUGGGAAAAAUGGGUUUGCUGCUGUGGUGGAGAUUGUUGAAGAGAAAGAAGAGGAGGGGGAGGACUUAAGUGGGCUGUUGGGGGGUGAGUUCAAGGGGAGGAAAUGGAGGGGCUCAACAAGGUUGUUACUUUUGGAUGAGCGGUAUGCCACCACAGGCUUGGAUGAGUUGCCUGAGGCUAUCAAGGCCGUGUUAAAAGAUGAUGGCAGACAAAAUACAACAUCAACUUUUGAGCUCGUGAGAUGCAAGGUUACUUUGUUUUAUAAAUACUGGCAGAUGAAUGAGAUUCUAGAGGCCAUGCUACCAAAGAGUAUGAUUGUGCCUUCAGCUUUUGAAACGGUUGGGCAUAUUGCCCAUCUGAACCUGAGAGAUGAACAUCUUCCAUACAAGAAGCUUAUUGCGAAGGUAGUGUUGGACAAAAACAGGCCAAAGAUUCAAACAGUUGUCAAUAAGAUUGAUGUCAUUCAUAAUGACUAUAGAACGAUGCAUCUUGAAGUUUUAGCUGGAAAUUGUUCCCUUGUGACUACAGUAGUUGAAAAUGGGCUGCGUUUUCAUGUUGAUUUAGCAACAGUGUAUUGGAAUUCAAGGCUUGCAACCGAAAGACAAAGGCUUCUAAAUUGCUUCACAAGCAAAGAUGUUAUUUGUGAUGUUUUCGCUGGAGUUGGUCCUUUAGCUAUAUCUGCAGCGAAGAAAGUAAAACGUGUAUAUGCUAAUGACUUAAAUCCUUAUGCGGUCGAAUAUCUGGAAAGAAAUUGUGUCCUCAACAAACUUGAGAGGAAGAUUGAGGUAUACAACAUGGAUGCGAGGAGGUUCAUUGAUGCUUUAUUUGCAAGUGAGAAAGCCCAAUCCAUCACACAAGUGGUUAUGAAUCUACCAAAUGAUGCUGUAGAUUAUCUAGAUGCAUUUAGGGGAAUAUUCAGAAAAUUGCCGAAGGAGAAAGAUUUCACCUUGACCUUGCCGAAGAUCCAUGUUUAUGGAUUCUCUAAAGCCCAAGAUCCAGAAUUUGACUUUCACGAGCGGAUAAGAAUUGCAUUAUCAGAGGUGGCGUUUGAGGUAGAAAUGCGUAGAGUCCGUCUUGUAGCACCAGGAAAAUGGAUGCUUUGCGCAUCAUUUAUCCUCCCUGAGACCGUGGCAUUUGCAAAAACAAUGUCAAAUACGUAAGUUAUUGGGUUUGAAGCUGAGGUUGUUCAUAAAUGACGCCAUGUAACAUUAAUUUCAUUAAUUAUAAUUUAUAUUCGUAGUUGUUAAA